AUGACAUACUUAUUACGUCGAUGUGCCAAUUAUGAUAGAUUAGAUUUGGUGGAAAUUUUCUUUGCUCAAUUUAUACAAGAUAUUAAUGUUAACAAGAAGGAGAAACAUUUAAUUGAAAGAUUUAUGAUAAAGGUUUGGAAUACGUUAUCGGGGAUCUACGCGGAAAAAGGAUUAUUUGAUGAAGUUAGGAUUCGUUACAAAAUUAAUCUUGAAGCAUUAAAUUCGGUUCUUCGUUUAUGUUUAAUCUCAUCUUCAACCGGUUCAUAUCGACAAGAAAUUAUUAAAAUUAUCAUGAAACAAAUGUCAAUUUGGGGUAUUAAUCCUAAUGGAGAAACUUUUCGAACAUUAUUACAAAGUUGUCAAAAUUUCGAACAUUUGGAAAAGUUAUGGUCAAAAAUUAUGACAUUGGGAUUUCAUCAUAAUCAAGCGUUACAAGUGGAAAUUAUGAAAAUAUGUUUAAAAUUGGCCUCUGUCAGUUCUAUUAGUCCUGUCAAUCCCAUUAGUUCCGUUAGUCCUAUCAAUCCUGCCAGUCUCGUCGGUUCCGUCGAUUCGGUCAAUUCUGUUGAUUCCAUAAUUAGUAAUGACAACAAUAAGAAUAUCAAAAAUAUCAAAGAUAAAUAUAUUCCAACCAAGAAAUUUAUUGAGACAAGGGAAGCGGGAUUAUCAAAAUGUUUAGAUUAUUUAUUAAGAAUGCAUCGUAAAUCACAAGGCGAAAUGGCAAUUGGGGCAUAUAAUAAUUUAUUAAAAGAUUGUAUAUUAAAAGGUGAUAUUGAUAGAGUAAUGAAAAUAUUGGAAAUAAUGUGGUCAAAAAAUUUAGAACCUUCGAUACGAGUGUAUCAACAAUUAUUAGAUAAUCUAGGAAGAUUAUUUGUCAUUCAUUCCAAUAAUAAUAUAAUUAUUCAUCCAAAUAAUUUAUCUCCUCAAACCAUUUUCAUUAAAUCCCAACGAAAAUAUUUAUGGAAAUUAUUAGAAGAAAUUAAUGUGGCUAUGGAUAUUUCAUUAUUCAAUUCAUUCAUGAAAGCAAUUUCACAUAUUCCACCAAUAAUAAUAAAUUCAUCACAGGCGUCUCCUUUAUCACAGAAAUUAUUCAAUAAAUUACCAACAUACCUUGAACCGAAUCAAGAAACCAUAGAAACUUUAUUUUCAAAUUUAAGAACAUUAAUUGAUUUUAAAAAAUUUGGAAUUUUCUAUUUUAAUUCCAUGUUAUCAAGAACAUCAGUUAAUAUUACAAAAGGAGGAUUAGAAAAUAGGAAUAAAUGGAAUAGAGGAAAUAGAGGGAAUAAAGAGAGUGAAGGGAAUGAAGAGAAUAAAGAAGCAGAAGAGAUAAAAAAGAUUAUUGGUAAUAAUAAUUAUAAUAUUGUUUGUCAAGUGAAAGCAAUGAGGAUUGUAAGAAUAACAGUAAGAGAAAUUCCUAAAAUUUGA